AUGCCUGGAGCUAAAAAGUCCACGAAGAAGUUCGAGAAGAACCAUCUCAAAGAUGUUAUCGACCGACGCAAGGCGCAUGCCAAGGUCAAGCAGAGACACCACUUGAAUGACAAGCGAAAAGAAAAAAAUGCCGCUAAACGUGAGGCCGAAGGCCCUGAAGAGAAAAGCCCAGAGGAAUUGAAGAAGCAAAAUGCCUUCUCCGAAAUGAACGUCGACGAUUUCUUCGCUGGCGGCUUCGACAUUCCCGAAGAGACUGCGAAAGGAAAGAAGGCCAGCAAGAAAGACACCACUCCCAAGAUUGGCAAGCGCAAGCGCUCAGAGGACAAGGCACAGGCGGACGAGGCUUCUGACGCUGAGGGCGACAAUGAUGAAGAUGCCAGUGAUGUUGAUGCUUACGACGAACACAAGGAUCAACUGGAGUCGUUGAAGGAGAAGGACCCCGAGUUCUACAAAUACCUGAAGGAGAACGAUGCGGAAUUACUCGACUUCGGUGAUCAAGGCGACCUCUCAGAAGUCGACGCUCUGAGCGAAAGCGAAGCGCCCGAAGACGAGGAGCCCGCUAAGAAGAAGAAGAAGAAGUCGAAGAAGGAUGAAGUCGAGGAGACCGAGGAGGACGCCGACACCCUGACGAUCGCUAUGGUCAAGAAGUGGCAGAAGUUGAUGGAGGAGCAGAACUCGAUUCGAGCAAUGCGCCAGGUUGUGCUCGCCUUCCGUGCGGCCGCCUAUGUCAACGACCCCGAUGCCCCCGAUCAGAAAUAUACCAUCUCCGACAAGAACGUGUACCACCAGGUUCUUGUCACGGCCUUGACCACCGUUCCUAAAGUCCUGGCCCACCAUCUCCCUGUCAAGGAGAGCGCUUCUGGAAAGAUCAGGGUUUCGUUGGAAACCAAGAAGUUCAAGACACUCACACCUUUGAUCAAAUCACACACUGCCUCCGUUCACCAGCUCCUGAUCAACCUAACUGAUGCAUCAACACUCAAGAUGACCCUCGCGUCCAUUGAGCCCAUGCUGCCCUACCUUCUCCAGUUCCGCAAGGUGCUGAAGACCCUCGUUAAGAUUGUCGUCGGAAUCUGGUCAGAUGUUGCCACUGCCGACGCAACCCGUAUCACAGGUUUCUUGCUUCUCCGUCGUCUUAUGGUUCUCGGAGAUGCUGGUAUCAAGGAGACUGUUCUCAAGGCCACCUACGAGGGUGUUGUCAAGGGCAGCCGUAACACCACAGUACACACACUUGCCGGUGUGAACUUGAUGAAGAACUCAGCUGCCGAGAUCUGGGGCAUUGACCAGAACGUCGCAUACACAGCCGGAUUCUCCUUCAUCCGCCAGCUGGCCAUGCACUUGCGCAAGAGUAUCACCAACACCACCAAGGACUCCUACAAGACCAUCUACAACUGGCAAUACGUGCACUCGCUGGACUUCUGGUCCCGCGUUCUUUCACAGCACUGCGACGGUCUCGUGGAAGCCCAAGUAGGCAAGGAAUCUGCCUUGCGCCCCCUCAUCUACCCCGUCGUGCAAAUCACCCUCGGUGCCAUGCGCUUGAUCCCAACCGCCACGUACUUCCCCCUGCGCUUCCAACUGACGCGCUCCCUGCUCCGCAUCUCCCGCUCCACCGGCACCUACAUUCCGCUCUCAUCCUCCCUCCUCGAGGUCCUGACCUCCGCUGAGAUGCGCAAGCACCCCAAGACCAGCACUCUUCGACCCCUGGACUUCAACACAGCCAUCCGCGCUCCGAAAUCCUACCUACGCUCCCGUACCUACCAGGACGGCGUCGGCGAACAGGUCGCCGAGCUCCUUUCUGAGUUCUUCGUUCUCUGGUCCAAGCACAUUGCGUUCCCGGAAUUGUCCGUGCCCGUCGUUGUCUCCCUCAAGCGCUGGCUGAAGCAGGUCUCUGCCCGCAGCGGUGGAAACAAGAAUGCUAAGAUCAACCAAAUGAUCCUGCUGCUAGUGCAGAAGGUCGAGGCUAAUGCCCGCUGGAUCGAGGAGCGUCGUGCGAAUGUCUCCUACGCUCCUCGCCACCGCUCUGAGGUCGAGGGUUUCCUCAAGGAUGUUGACUGGGAAACUACACCUGUUGGUGCAUUCGUCAAGACACAGCGUAAGCUCCGUGCGGAGCGUGCUGCUGUACUUGAGGAGGGUCGCAUCGAGGAAGAGAAGCGGAGAGCGGAGGCCAAGAAGAAUGGUGCCGAGGAUGAAGGCCCGAGUGGUUUCCCUGCCGGCGAUGCCGGUAGCGAGGACGAGGAAGAAGAGGAGAGUGAAGAGGAGCUCGAGAUUGAGAGCGAAGACGAAGACGAAGAUGAGAUGGAGAUGGAGGACGAGUAG